UGUUUCUCGCCAAGCAGUGUAUCCAAGAUGUUGAUCGGUUUCUCGACAACCCGGGCGCGCACUCACCACUUCCGAGUAGAGCUUGGGGCAUUGCAGAGCCAGGAGGGUUGGCCUGUGCCGUGGAUGUUUCUGCCGUUGUUCUAUACAGCUGCACGAAUCCGUGAGGAUCAAACCGUACCUGAUUCACACCCGUAGCCCACUUGCCAUUGGUUGCCAUUUUAGGCACGUCGGCAGCCUCUGAAUCCGCAUGAAUGUUUCGUUCUGCGUGGCUGGAAUUGGUCUCCACUGCUCCCAGUACUUCUUCGUGCUCCCUGUCACUCCUUGUCAGAGCUACCCAGAAUCAAGACUUUUUUCCUGAACCAGAAGGGAUUCGGCUCACUCUCGAAUUUGCUUUAGCUCCUCUUCAUCAAGCAUGUCCUCCAAACGCUUCCCCGCACGGUGGAUGCUGUGAUAUUUCUGUGCCAAUGUCAGCUUUUACUCGCGAGAUUGGCUUAAAAAAGAAAAGAAAAGCUACCUUAUACUCGUUGACAGCUUCGUCCCAUGAAUCAAUCAAAGCGGUAUCAUCCCAUGCUCCUUCAUCUCCCAGAGUAAUCUCUGGUGCUGUAUGGUCGUUCAUCGUACAGCAAUCGAAAGAUGCUGCCAAAGUCUGUCAGUUUGACGCCUCAGACGGACGCUUUUGAACUUUUGAGGUCUCGACAGAUGGACGUGAUAGAUAACAGCCAGAGUAGAGGUUUUCUAUACCAGAACCGAGGGUAGUUUUAUUGACAGAAGUAUGGUCCUAGGAAGUAUUGAUACAAGAGCUCAAUGCUACUCGACUACUCACUACGGGAAGGACAGCGGUGGUUCCUCGGCUAGCCUCCCACUAGCGCCAGAAAAAGUCGGUGGCUCGAGCUCCGUUGGAACUUUUUCCUGCCCACAUCUCAUUCACACUAUCUCCAUAUUGCACACGCAAACCACAAAAACCACAAUGGCUGCCGAAGAUCUCAAAGGCAAAAAGCGCAAGGGCGCAUCCGAACCAUCUCCCAAGUCGAAGAAGCAGAAGAAGACUGAGGAGCCUGCGCAAGCUACAAGGAAAUCUACCAGAGUCAAGGGAGCUGCUGUCGUGCCCACCGAUUCACCCGCUGCGACCGAAAAGCCUGCCCGUAAACGCGCCGAAGAUUUCUUCUCGGACGAUGAGACCGCAGCAGACGCGACUGCUUCCAAGUCGAAGAAAGCAAAGAAGGCCAAAUUAGCUGCACAAGUCGAUGUCGAGGACGUCGAGACCAAGAAGCCCAAGAAGAAAGCAAAGAAGGACCAAGAGCCCGCUGGAGAGCCUGCUGCUGAGGAAGAGGUUUCUGUGAAGAAAUCUAAGAAAUCCAAGAAGUCCAAGGAUCUGGAAGAUGCACCGGUAAAGGAAGUAGAGGAGGUCGCUGUAGUUGUAGACGAAGCAGAAGAUGAGGAAGACCUUGACGAUCAAACUGCUGCCCUUCUGGCUGGAUUCGAAAGUGACAGAGACGAGAGCGAUGCCGAAAACGAAGGGGAGACUUUCGACGAAGAUGCCGUUUCGGUGCCCAAACUCAGCAAGAAACAGCAGAAGGCGUUGGAGAAGGCCCGUAAAGAUGGCGAGCCUGGAGUGGUAUUCCUUGGCCGUAUCCCGCACGGUUUCUUCGAACCACAAAUGAAGAAAUACUUCUCUCAGUUCGGCCAAAUCAAGCGCCUACGCCUCUCUCGCAACAAGAAGACCGGUGCAUCCAAACACUAUGCUUUCAUCGAAUUCGCCCAUGGUGACGUGGCUGAGAUCGUCGCCAAAACGAUGCAAAACUACUUGAUGUUCGGCCACAUUCUUCAGUGCAAGAUUGUACCAGCUGAGCAAGUGCACCCGGAUCUUUUCAAAGGUGCCAAUCAACGAUUCAAGAUCGAUCCCCGAAAUAAGAAGGCCGGUGCCGCCCUUGCCCGUGGUGCGACGCGACCUGAAUGGGAGAAGCGCAUCAAGAACGAGAAUUCCCGAAGGAUCAAACAAGCGGCCAUUUUAGAGGAGGAAUUCGGCUACAAGUUCGAAGCUCCGGCAGUCAAACCAGUGGAGAGCGUGCCUAGACAAGACGUGGACACUGUUGCUGCGGCCGAACAGCAACUGCAGCUUGAAGCACCCACCCUGCCUGCUACCGAGGUUGUGAAGGUCAUCGAAUCAACACCUGACCAGGUCACCGUCUCGGAGACAGUCAAGGUCAAGAAGUCUAAGAAGAGCGCAAAAUCAGCAGCCGAGCCCGACACCAACGGCGCAGCUGAGCCAGCGGAAGAAGCACCCGCUCCCAAAGCCAAGAAGGACAAGAAGCGCAAGUCUACUGGAUCUAUUGCAGAGGCUGCCGAAGAACCUAUCCCUAGCCCGGCCACUAAGAAGGCGAAAAAAGCGAAAAAAGCCAAGGCUUAA